AUGGGUUGCUGCGGGAAGAGAGAGCGCUUCGGCGAUGUGCAUGAUGAGCAGAAGUGGGACUAUGUUAAUCUCGACGACUUCAAGUCUCGAUCAUGUUGGACCGGCUUCGGUUAUGCCUACCUUAUCAUAAUGCUUAUCGUCUCCAUCUCAAUCUACGUCGUCGACACGUUCCUCGCCAUAAAUCUGCUUGCCUUCAACAAGUGGGCCGGUCAGAUCGAGCCAGCUAUUCCCUUCACGAUAUCGCGAUGGAUCUUCGCUGGCUGUAUUAUUCUCUCAUACAUCCUCCUUAUCGAGCGAUGGAUCCGAGCAGUAAGAGUUAUGAAGCAGGGAGGUGUUGCGAAGAGCUAUCUCGACCCUCUCGCAGUGCGAAUACAGUCGAUACGGAUGGGCGCGAAUGGACGAGGGUAUCGACGUUUCCUAGUCUUCGCCGAGUUGACGAAGAGCCGGAAGGGCGCCGACUACGUUGCGCUGUUCUCAUACUUUUCGUUCGAAGCGGCCAUUCGGAUCAUCUUCGCUGAAGGCCCUCGAGUUGUGGUCAACGGCAUCACGUUGUAUUCAGUCACCAAGCUCAACUUCAUUCCUACUGGCGAGCAUGCGGCACCGGAGGGCAAAUCAUCCGUCGAGCAAUUCUUCAUCAACAUUGGCGCCAUGGCGGACAAGGACAAGCUACAAGCAACAGUCCUGUUCGGCAUGCUGUGGACCUGCCUUAUCUGGAUCCUAGCAGCACUGUCGCUCGCAAUUUCUGUCAUCCUGUACCUCCUGUUUCUGUGGCAUCAUAUUCCAGGUGAGGCUGGGGGAUUGAAGAACUACUGCCGAAUCAAGAUUAACAAGCGAAUGGAGCGCGUUGUGCGCAAGAAGGUCGACAUAGCCCUGAAGAAAGAGAAUGAGAUUCGAGCUCGGGAAGACGCAAAGGCGGCACGAGCCGGCGGGAACGGCAAGGUCCAACCUACCUUGCCAGUCCUCGGAAUGGACAGCGAGCCAACACUGCCUCCGCUGUCUCGAACCACCACAACCACCACAUUACCACUGUACGACUCACGGCCAGGAACACAACGAGGAAGUCAAGACAGCUUCGACCAACCUCCAAUGCCCGGCAUGCCAACGAACGGUCGUCCAGGCUUCAUGUCGCAGCAAUCGGAUUCCUCAAUCGCAAGCUACUCGUCAAACGCACCCCUCAUAAGCUCAGCAAGCGACAUGGGGUACAGCGACGUCGGCGGUCCGCCCAUGUCCGGUCCCUUCGGCAGACCAGGACCUCCAAAUCGAAUCAACACGCCACGAGGCAUGCCUCCUGGCCCAGCAUACCCCCUCGAACCACUCGGUCGUCCAGGCACCGCUAUGAGCAAUGGCCCACGACGAGCUUCGGAUGAAUCACUAAUCUAUGGACCCGAUCGAAGUCAAGGAACGCGCACACCCUCAUGGGACCGACCUACUGAUGGCCCAGGUGCUCGACGCGGUCCACCACUGGGCAACCCAAAUUUUCCACCAAUCUUCGAGUCACACAACAAUGGCAGGAACUCACCAGGUCCUGGCAUGAUGAUGGAUGGAGGAGGCCCCCCGCCACCGAGACGCUUCUCACCACCAAACGGCCAGCAACCAUCACUUCCACAACUCCCACCAUCACGAGGUCCUACGCCAGGAGACAGGGCUUUCACAUCACCGAACAACGGCUUCGGUCCGCCAGAACGCUCAUACACACCAUUGAGCGGCCCACCACCACUACAACACCAGCAGACCUUCGGACAACCGCCGCCUCGGUCAUACACACCCGUCGGCGGCCCACCUUUAGCGCGCGUGCAGACGGCAGAGGAUGUUGGAGGGUACCGAGCGUUCACGCCCGAGCCGAGGGGGCCGAGUCGUGGACCGCCGCCGCCGAUGGGUGGGUACAGGUCGAAUGGACCUGGGCCUGGGUCUGGGUACGCGCAGCGAGGUCCUGGAAGUGGAGGUGGUGGAGGAGGGCAGGGCGUUGGAAAUAUCUUGGAUCACUACUGA